UAUGGUUGCUUAUCUGACAGGAUGGAGAUGAGUCUAUGGUUGGCAUUAAUACUAAGCCAGUUGAUCGGCUUGGAUUCCUUUCGGGUUCCUCAGCUUUUGGUGAAUGUCACUGAAAACGAUCCGUGGAUUUGGGCAUCGCUGCCAGGGGAUCAUCAUAUUAGGUCGGUGCUCUUUUACACUGAGUACGAAGGGGACAAGUGUCCCUUCUAUGACUAUAGAUUGGACCCGAGCAUCGGGCAUCCGUGGGUUAUACGGGAAUACCUGGGCAAUGGUACCCUCAAAAUAUCCGCCGUCGUAGAGACCCAUCAAAACGAAACUGUGAUCGAGAGCUUCAGGAUCAGAUCCUUGGGAGAAAACAGUGCCUCGGUAGAACCUCUACGGAAAUUCCUCCCAUCAUCCGAGAAAAGUAUAGAUUGUGAGAAGCUACGUAGCUCCACGAAAUACUGUCUGCCCACGAUUUCCCACCACAGAGGCAAACCCAUUAGCUGCAGCGGUAGGCUGUUGUUCUCCGAAUCCUUUGCAGAUAGUGAAAAUCCUUUGAAAAACUGGAAGCACGUUGUGCAAUCACAGCUACUGGAACCUCACUAUGAGGGAGUGGCCUUUGUGAAUCGAAAAGCCAAUUCGUAUGUGGAAAAUAACAUGCUCCACCUAAAGGUAACCAAAUCCAACUAUGGGUCGAAAAACCCCUUCUAUUUGGAGAACUGCACUUAUACGAAAAGGGAUUCCAAUCAAAGAUGCGGCGAGAAGAAGUACAGAUUGCCAUUUCGAAAGUUUAUGCCUCCCUUCGAUUCGGCAAAACUAAUCUCAUUGGAUACAUUUAAGUACUGCCGCAUAGACAUUGAAGCCAAGAUGCCCAUUGGAGACUUUCUAUUCCCAGGACUCACACUGUCUUCAGUUAAUCACGAUGCCAUUCGAAUUGCCAUUGUCCGGGGCAACAAGAAGCUAACUGAUUUCGCCAGCAACGAGAUCGGUGGGAGAACCCUUUAUGCCGGGCAAUCCUUAAUGAUUAUGGAACACGCACCUACGAAUUGGAGGAGUUCGCCAGUAGGGACAAUCACUAUGGGAAUGACUUUCACACUUACACGGCUAUUUGGAAGGAGAAGAGUGUUACCUUUAAGAUAAAUGGUCGCACCUUUGCUCAAAUAACCAAUUCAACGAUUGUCCAAGAACUAAGUCAAACAGAGCGCCAUAUCGAAUUGUUCCUAACUGUCGGCGGGGAGUACAAUUUUCCGGAUAACCGCAUUCCGCCAGAGCAAAAGAGCUAUCGCAAUUUCGAAACGGGCCUAUCAUCGAAAAUUAAAAAGGCCGUAACCAAUGCACCCAUUUGGGACCAAGCUGUGAUGGUCAUAAAAAAUAUUAAUGUUUAUUCAACCAAUGAGUAUGAGGAAUAAAUAUGCCUUGUGUGAUUUUAUUAA